UGUAUUUCUCUUUUUCUUAUCUCUGGAACAUGUACAGACAAAUAGAAAUAAAUAAACAAAAUAAAUUAAGUAAUCAUAACUAUUCAUAUCAGUCACUUUUUAUUAGACUGUCAACAACAACAACAACAACAACAAAAAUCAAUAAAUAAAAAGAAAACAAAACGGCGAGAAAAAUAAAAUCAAAAUGGUCACUGAAAUUAUUGUUGUUAAUUCCCUUUUAUUUGACAUACAAAAAAAGGGUCUAUCCACUUUGAUGGUAACUCGCAUGCUUCGUACAAAUGAUACAUCAUCAUUGAUAUAUGAACCGAAUCGUACAGCACAUAUAAAAUCAAGAGGUCUUGUGGAAUUAACAUGUACAGCGAAAUCCGGAGAACAUGUAAUCACACCAACUACUCGUCGCGAAUGUCCAUCGUGUAGAUUAAAACAAUGUUUUCGAGUUGGUAUGAGACCAGACCUUAUACAAGUUCGUAAAAAAGAUGGAAGUAAACCACGAUGGUUGGAUAAAGUUCCACGUGCAGCUAUUGUUCAUGAACAACAUUUACAAUCAUCUGAAGCAUUACAAUGGUCAACAAAUAUUAAUAGUACUACGUUUCACAAUAAUAAUGACAGUGAUAAUAAUAAUAGUAAUAGUAAUGGUAAUAGUACAAUUAAUAAUUCUAAUCAUCGCAUAAAAUACCGCUUUAAUCCUGAUAAAUUUUCUAAAAAUAAAACGAAAGAAUUGAAGCCUCAUCUAACUGAACAUCAUCCUAUAGAUAUCAACAAUAAUACUAAUAGUAAUCGUAAUAAUAAUAAUAACAAUAAAGAAAAUAAUAUAAGCUGUAUGGAAAAAUCGAUUAAUUUGAAAAGAUUCAACAUUAACUCAAAUGAUUCGGUAGAAAUUCUGUCAGAUCCUUCAUAUCCUUCUAUCCUUAAUCCUCAUCAGCAAUAUCAUUAUCAUCAUCAUUCAACUUCUAUUUCACCUCGUUCUCAUCAUCAUCAUCAUCAACAGCGUCAACAAUAUGUAGAAGAAGAAGUGACUAAUGAUGAUCGAUUAAAUGAUUAUAUUAUGUGCGUAACAUCAAGUCCAUCAUUGAAUACAUCAAAUAUUUUAAAUAAUGUUCAUUAUUCAAUUACUUCAAAUAAUCUUGAUAAAGACUUAAUUAUAAAUUCAGUAACCACUGGAAUAAUUACUGAUAACAAUACUAAUAAUAGUACAAGUGAUAGGACAAGUCCUAGAAUAACAACUACCAUAGCAACUAAUUAUUUUCCAGCUGAUACCGUUUUUCAUUUCAAUAGUUUAAUCAUUCCAAAUUCAUGUCAAAAUAAUAAAUACGAUGAUAUCAAUUUAACUGAAUGGAAAACAUCAUCGGAAAAUGGUGACAAUAAUGAAACUACUAUAAACAAUGUCAACUGUAUUACGUCCUCACCAUUAUUAUCAUCAUCGUCUCUUAUCAUACCAUCUACGACGACGUUGACAGAAGCGACAAUACCGAUGGUAAAAGUAACUUCUGGUAGUACUGUUACAAAUACCAAGAAAACAACGAUAGCAAAUACAAGAAUUAAUAAUAAUGAUGAUGAUAAGCAACCUUCAUCGAAUUUACUUUACACAGAACAUCAACAACAUCAUCAUCAUCACCAAAAUGUGGAUUUCAGCACUUUGAAUGAUAUCAAUCACUUAGAUGACCUCAUUCUAUUAACUGAUUCUACUCAAUUGAUUGAACAACAAGAAAGUACAAAUCGGUUAAAACCACCUUCGAAAAUUCUAUCACCAUCAGCUUUUACACUACCACCACCACCACCACCACCAACAACAACAACAACAACAACAACACCAUCACCACCAAUGACAACAACAACAUCUUUAACCUCGGCAACAAUAUUACAUAAUAAUUUAUCUAAAAAUAAUUUAAUGUGCAAUUUUAUGAAUGAUCAUUCAAUUGUUUCACCCUGUAUAACAUCUAGCUUAAUGUUUUCACCGGAUACAUCAAUUAUACCUAAUAUACCGAAUAUAUCAAAUAGUUUAACAGAAAUGUGUAAACAUUCAAAUGUUACAUCAUUAUGGAGUACUUCAUCAAUAGAUGAACAAUUCACAAUACCGAUAAUCACUACACAACAAAAUGAAUCUUUGUUAUCAACUUUUUCAAAUAAUAAUAAUAAUAAUUCAAUCAAUCAAUCAUUAGAAUGUAUCUCAAUAAAUAGUCAUGAUAAAUUAUCAUUUGAUUUAUCAUUAAAAACCACAAUGAAUUCAUUGUCAAGUGAAUUAUCUCCAUUAUUACCAACUUCUUCUGUUUCUUUGUUCUCUUCUUCGUCUUCUUCUUCUUCUUCUUUGUCGUCAUCAUCAUCAUCAUCGUCGUCGUCGUCUAUUUCAAUUAGAUGCAAUGAACUACAAUUAGAUGUGAAUUCUAUUAAAUCUUUACAAUUUGAACAAAACAGUAAUAAUAGUAAUACGAAUACUAAUUACAUCUUACCGGUUGAUUUAAAUAAUAUACUAUUCUUGAAUGAAAGUAAAUUAUCAGAUGAUUAUCCAAUAAUAAGUAUUCCAGAUAGUAACAAUAAUAAUAAUAAUUCUUGGUCAAAUCCGAAUCAUCAUCAGUUGGAUUCAAAUAAACCAGAAUUACAAACAAAAUGUGAACAAAUCGUUAUUACUAGGCGUGACGACGGACCACGGUCCCUAGAAUUUUUGUUAACUAGAAUUAUAAAACAAUGGGAUGUGAUCGAGUUGAAUGAUUUUCACUGUUCUAAACAAAAUGAUAAUGAAAUUGAUGGAAUGUCUGGUAUUUUCCAAAAUAAAAAUCAAUUAUAUAAUAAAAAUACAAUAACAAUUCCAAUAAAUUUAACUAAAGUAAAGAAAUCAUGGUCAAAUAUAUGGCAAAAUGGAUUCAUUCCAAAUCCUGAAAAAAUUGAUUUAAAUUUAGAUUACACUGAAUAUCCUACAUUGAAAUGGUGUCUUACAAUAGCUAAUAUAUGGAGUGAUUUAUUUCUACGUCGUAUUUCAGUAUUUGCAAUGUCAUUAUUAGGUGAUCUUAUACAAGAUAAUAAUAAUGAUGAUAAAAUGGGAUCUUUGUCAAGUUGUCAUAACAACAAUAAUCAUGAACAUGAGGAUAAUAAUCAAACCAUUAAUGAAUCUAAUAUAUACAUUUCAACAAAUGAAUAUUUUAAUGAAAUUCAUCAAAUUCAUGGAUUAUUUCAGAAUGAAAGAGAAAAUAAUAUAAAUCAUGUAUUGAAUGAUAUGAAUGAUCCACAUUUAACAUGGGAUGAUAUGUUAUGGAUAGCAAAAAUCGAUUUACAGAUUGUGUUCCUAUUUUAUUAA